AUGGCAGCUAUGAGAGGCGGGAGAGGUGGGAUUGAGGAUGAUCUCAUCGGCGCCGUGAAGGAGAUUUCGAAAUUGAGCAAGGAGAAUAAGACGGUCAAGCGCGACCUCGCUUCGGCUGUGAGCGAGAACGCCAGGCUCGUGAAGACCCACGAAGACAGCCGCAAAAAGCUGGAGUUGGCCCACGCGAAAGAGAUAGAAGACAUGACGAAAGCGAUAGAAGACGCGAAGAAGAACGAACGGGAGGCGAUCGAAACGGCCGAAAAGACUUUCGCGGAGCUGAAGAAUUGCACAAUAGAGAAGGAGAAGAUUAAGACAGAGCUGGGCGAGGCAAGGGCGGCGCUGGCGGAGGCAGCGGCAGCGACUGCACGGGCCCCCGCCAACAGGCGUAGGGUCACCGCCAUCGGAGUUCGUCAGAUUUCUCCCGUCGGGGGGGGCGCGGGGCCAAAAGGAGGAGGGUCUCAGUAUGCGAUGGAAGACGGGGAGGAUGACAACGGAAGGGGGACGGCAAGCGGGUUGGGGAGGGAUGACAGCGGCGGUCAACCGAUGGAGGGCGGUGACGACGAGGGACAGGAGGGCAACGACGAUGAGGAACAAGAGGGCAAUGGCGACGAGGGACAGGAGGGCAGUGACGACAAUGAGGACGGGGAGGGGGGCGUGGAAGAGGAGGGUGACGCAGACGACAACGGGAAAGGAGGCGCUGGGUGGUUCGGGUGGAUCACCGGGAGCGCCAAGAAGAGGCGUAGGGGCGAGUAACCAAUCGUGCCGUGUCAGCCUCAAAGCCUGCAUUACGUUCGAGUUAGGCUACCUCCCCCAGGAGUUAUGCCGCCCAUGGGGGUUUCACUCGCCCGUGGUUGGGUGGUUGGGUGUGACUUUGUGAACCGCUGUCUUUCAAUCACACUCCCAAUCCGUGCACUAGUUGGCGUGCGGAUCUGACAUCUUUCCCGGUGCUUUCCCCUCCGGGUCGAGUCCCAGGAGGCAGAAAAGGCGCUUGUACAGACCGGGAACUUUAACUUUGACUCUAUCGGGCUAGAGUUCCAACCCGGCUAUUUCACUUAGGUACCCUCCCGUGGCGCGCGUUUGAGGACUGUUUGUAAGGAUGCAAAAUCGGGUAAGGUAUUACAGCAUUUAGCCGACAUUUGUCUACAGCCAAGAAGCCUUUAUCAAGCUUGCGCUCGUGCCUGCAUUCGAAGGCCUUCCGUUCACGUGUCGUGUACCUUUGUGUUUUGGGAGUUUUCACGGAAGCAAUCGAAGCCGUAUUCAACCACCGAGUGUGAAGCGUGUUUUUUGUCCCUGAUGAAUGAUUCUACUGUAGCUUGAAGCACUGCGUGAGGUAUCGAGGCUACAAAGUCCGGCCACCGUAUUGUUCUGUUGUAUUUUUGUGUUGGAGGGUUUCUUUGCUUUCGAGGUGUUGUUAGAGAAGGUAGCACAAGUGUUUUAAAGUUGUAGUUUAACGAACACUUUUCGAGGCUCUGCCGUUUUGUGCAAUGUGGUCGUCUUUCCGCUAAAAGUACACAUCGCCCAGCGGCGUUGAGUCAACCGACGGCGUUGAGCCACGAUUGGCGGUGCUUGUACGUGUAAGGAUCGAGUAGUCGAGAGUGCAGACCACUGGUAAAGAUGCUCGACAAGAAGGGCACAGUAGAAAACAGAUUGUUUUUGGGGUUAUUUGUUACUUGGCGCUUUUUGCACGAAUACCUUCGAAGCGAUGUGUGUACGUGUUUGUGGUACAUCGAUGCGUGUUACUCACCGAGCUCGUUUUUCUCGACGUUUCAGGGGAUGGGAGCGACUGCCGGACGUAUUGCUACGCUGGUUGAUGAUGUAGCUCGGGAUGUAGAUACCGUUUGUAAAUGCGGGCGUAGCUUCCCCGCAUAUCUGCGUAGUGUUGAUCAGAGGAAGUCAUGCAUUGGGCGUACCAUGCACAGUAACGGUUCUUGUCCGACCACCGACCCAGGCGCAAUCCAUGCAAACACAGAUGCCGACGACUUUUAUCAUUGGCUAGGGCUAUUUAUGCUAGUUCCUCUUUUGGCGAGGCAGGUGGUGACAGUCAAGAGCUUAAUGGUUUGUUUGGAUCGAGUGUUGGUUGUCGAAACGAACAACUAGUUGAGACCGGAGGAGAGUUGAUUGGAACAUACCAGGAGGCUGUAGGCUGUGUUAUUGUCGGGCGAUGAACAUGAAUAUUUCAAUUUUUCG